AAAAGCGGCUUAAAGGCGACGCGUGGCGCGAUGGCGGCGUUCCCCGGCGGGUCCCGCGCCCUGCGGUUGCUGCCGCUGCUGCUGCUGCCGCUGCUGCUGGGCGGCGCGGACGGCUACUUCCCCGAGGAGCGCUGGAGCCCCGAGUCCCCGCUGCAGGCGCCGCGCGUGCUCAUCGCGCUGCUGGCGCGGAACGCGGCGCCCGCGCUGCCGGCCACGCUGGGCGCCCUGGAGCGGCUGCGCCACCCACGGGAGCGCACGGCGUUGUGGGUGGCCACCGAUCAUAACUCUGACAACACUUCGGCCAUACUUCGAGAGUGGCUGGUGGCUGUGAAGGGUUUGUACCACUCUGUGGAGUGGCGACCUGCCGAGGAGCCUAGCGCCUACCCAGAUGAAGAGGGCCCCAAACACUGGUCUGACUCCCGCUACGAGCAUGUCAUGAAGUUGCGCCAAGCGGCCCUGAAGUCGGCUCGGGACAUGUGGGCUGAUUAUAUCAUGUUUGUGGACAGUGACAACUUGAUCACCAACCCUGACACUCUGAGUCUUCUCAUCGCUGAGAACAAGACAGUGGUGGCCCCGAUGCUGGACUCCCGCGCAGCAUACUCCAACUUCUGGUGUGGGAUGACUUCCCAGGGCUACUAUAAACGCACCCCUGCCUACAUCCCCAUCCGAAAGCGGGACCGCAGAGGCUGCUUUGCGGUUCCCAUGGUGCACUCCACCUUUCUCAUUGACCUGCGGAAGACCGCAUCCAGGAGCCUGGCCUUCUACCCACCGCACCCCGACUACACCUGGUCCUUUGAUGACAUCAUCGUCUUUGCCUUCUCCUGCAAGCAGGCAGAGGUGCAGAUGUACCUGUGCAACAAGGAGGUGUACGGCUUCCUGCCCGUACCGCUGCGGGCGCACAGCAGCCUGCAGGACGAGGCGGAGAGCUUCAUGCACGUGCAGCUGGAGGUCAUGGUGAAACAUCCGCCAGUGCAGCUGUCGCGAUUCAUCUCAGCACCCAGCAAGACUGCAGACAAGAUGGGCUUUGACGAGGUCUUCAUGAUCAACCUGAAGCGGAGGCGAGACCGGCGAGAACGCAUGCUGCGGGCCCUGCAGGAGCAGGAGAUCGACUGCCGGCUGGUGGAGGCUGUGGACGGCAAAGCCAUGAACACCAGCCAGGUGGAGGCCCUGGGCAUCCAGAUGCUGCCCGGCUAUCGGGACCCCUACCAUGGGCGACCACUCACCAAGGGAGAGCUGGGCUGCUUCCUCAGUCACUACAACAUCUGGAAGGAGGUGGUCGACCGGGGACUAGAGAAAUCACUUGUGUUUGAGGAUGAUCUGCGUUUCGAGAUCUUCUUCAAGAGACGUCUGAUGAACCUCAUGCGGGAUGUGGAGCGCGAGGGGCUGGACUGGGACCUCAUCUAUGUGGGCCGGAAGCGCAUGCAGGUUGAGCACCCUGAAAAGGCUGUGCCUCGUGUGAGGAACCUGGUGGAGGCUGAUUACUCCUACUGGACGCUGGCCUAUGUGAUCUCCCUGCAAGGAGCUCGUAAGCUGCUUGGUGCCAAACCACUGACCAAAAUGCUGCCUGUUGACGAGUUCCUGCCUGUCAUGUUUGACAAGCACCCAGUGUCGGAGUAUAAGACCCAUUUCUCUCCCCGCAACCUGCGUGCCUUCUCCGUGGAGCCUCUGCUCAUCUAUCCUACACACUACACGGGGGACAACGGCUAUGUGAGUGACACAGAGACCUCGGUUGUAUGGAAUAACGAGCAGGUUAAGACUGACUGGGACCGAGCCAAGUCCCAGAAGAUGCGUGAACAGCAGGCGCUGAGCCGCGAGGCCAAGAACUCAGAUGUGCUCCAGUCCCCGCUGGACAGCGCUGCUCGUGACGAGCUCUGAGGCAGCUGGCAAAAAGCCGGGGACCGCCGGGGACCGCCGGGGGCCUUCGCGCACUUGCCCGGACUCCAGGGCCACCUAGGCAGACCGCCGCGGGCUCUGUAGCAGGCGGUUUCCAUGUGUUCUUGCUCGGCCGCUACUUGCACAUCGGCAGCAUUAAUGGAGUGCUUACUGUAUGCCUGGGAACAGGGCUGGGCACUGGGAGACUGGGCAGGAACAUGCCUAUUCCGUCGUGUCCACCGUGAAGGAAGGUUUCUUAGAGUGUGGAAGAGGAGUAAUGAUCCUCUAUCAGCGAUGGAGUUGAUCAUCAGGCACUUAUUGAUCAACCUGAGUCAGAUAUUAGGGAUACAUACUCAUUUUUAAAUCUGUUGGAGUCUUUACUGAGGGCAUACUGUGUAUUGGGCACCAUUCUUAGCUCUGGGAAUACUGAAAUAAGAAAAAAUUCAGCAUGCCAAGCACCUGCUAAUGCCAGGUCUUGGGCAGCACUGAGUUGAAUGCCUACUGUGUGCCACUCAGCAGGGGAUAGAGGUCCCAGUGGUGCUCAUCCCGUUAGUGGGCAGGAUCGGCUUACAGUAGUCAGCAUUGUUCCCCCCCUGUGCCGGGCUGCAUGCUGAGUGCAGGGAUGGAGAGUGGACAAGAUUAGUUUCUUCAUGUAACAAGCAUUUAUUGAGCGCCUACUGUGUGCCAGGCCUCGAGGACUCCAGCUGGGUUGAGGAAUAGCUGCCCUUCAACCUGUCCGUGGAGGACGGCAUCUUCCACUUGUCCAGAGGGAGGUUGCUCUCCUCACACUUGACUGCUGGGUUUCAGGGUACUCGUGGCCUUACAAGCCCCCCCGGAGGGGGCGUCAUGGGAGCUGGGGCUCCCUUGCCCAUGCCCGGCUUCCAUAGCUUUUCCCUGCUCCUGUGUCUCAGGUGCCCCCUGCCUGCUCUUGUGAUUUGGGGCCUUGAAGUGGCCCAGCUGCAUUGGGGUGUUCCUCUUGGCCUUGGCAGUGUUUCCCCACAGGGCCAGGGGGUUGCGGUGCCUUCAAAGCCAAAUCGAAUGUCAGUGGGCAGCAGGUUUGGCUUGCCUGCUCAGAUCUUGGUAACUUGCUCACAUUCAUAUUAAAUACUCCUGGUUGGUUUUCA